AUGGCGGCGGAAUCAGAAGCAGAUAUCUCGCCGACCAGCCCGGCGCCUUCUGACCUUUCCUGCAGAUCCCAAGUCGCAGGGCGGGAAGCAGACAUAAGAGAAAUCCUGAAAAGCUUACCCUCGAAGGCUGACUUAGCCAACAUGUUAGGUAAGCAGGAGGCAACAUUCCAAACCAAAGUGGAAACUAUUGAGGCAGAGGUACAACAGGUAAAUCAGCGAGUCACUGACUCGGCCCAAAUCACCCACCUCUCCUCCACGAUGGAAUCCCAAGCAAGCAUGGCCGGGUUCCAAAGAUAUAUGGAUGACCUUGACAACCGCGGCUGUAGGAAUAAUUUGAGGGUGACAGGCUUGCACAGAUCGUAUAAAUUAAUUGCUGGAUGUUACUAA